AUGCCUGCCACGAUAGAGCCAUUCAAGGUCGACGUUCCUCAGGACGAGGUCGACCGCCUCAUCAGGAAGCUGAAGGACACCAGGAUUCCCAAGAAGGAGAUCGUUCCUGGCGCUGGGAGUGACUAUGGCCCUUCAAUUGAGUGGUUUCACCGACUGUAUAACAAGUGGAUCAACGACUUCGACUGGUCCAAGAUCCAGGCGCACCUGAACCGCCAUCCUCACUUCCUCGCACAGCUCGACGACGAAGGCCGCAAGCUGCAGAUCCAUUUCACGCACGUCCGGUCCCCGCGCCCCGACGCCAUCCCGCUCAUCCUGGUGCACGGCUGGCCGGGCUCCUUUUAUGAGUUCGACCGGGUCGUCGACGGCCUGGCCAACCCUCCCGAGGGCGUCCAAGCCUUCCACGUCGUUGUCCCCAGUCUACCCGGCUUCUGCUGGUCCGCGGAUCCGCCACGCCGAGGAUGGACCCUGCAGGAUGACGGCCGUGUGUUCAAUACCCUGAUGAAGGAGCUCGGAUAUACGGCCUAUGGUGUCCAGGCUGGCGAUUGGGGCUCGUUCGUCGCCCGCGAGAUGGGUGCCAGGUUCCCCGAGUGCAAGGCCGUGCACCUCAACUUUUGCCCCGUCGAGCUGGGCGGCGAUGUCUCUGAUCUCAGCGACAGGGAGCUCAAGGUCAAGGCGCGCUACGACGAUUGGCUCGACAACCACCUGGGAUAUGCCGUGUGCAUGCGUACCAGGCCGCAGACGAUCGGCGUCGCGCUGACGGACAACCCCGUGGGCAUUCUGUCCUGGGUCGGAGAGAAGUUCGAGGAGGCUGCUGCCCCCGCGCGCCUCACUGAUCCGUCCUGGGAUGAGGCCAUCCUCACCACCAGUGCCUUGUACUACUUCACCGACUGCAUCAUGACCUCUACGCUGCCGUACUACGAGAACGUCAAGCACGCCGAGUUUGGAGCGUUCUUCCAGCGAGAGGAGAAUUAUAUCACAAAGCCCACGGGAUACACGUCGUUCCUGUACGACACUAGACCGGGAAGCUUUCGUGCGGUCAAAGGAACCUGCAACCUUGUCUUUUACAACGAAUGUGACGACGGUGGUCACUUUGCUGCGCUGGAGCGACCAGAUGUUAUUACGGAAGACUGCCGCAAGUUCUUUGCAAUGCAUUUCAAGGCAUAG